AUGGCUCAGGUUACCAGAAACCUCACUAAGGAGUCUGCUUUUGGUACAGUGGAUAACAACCCGACAAGUUUAAUGUCAGCGGCUUCACCACACCGGAGCCAGAACGGGAGUCCGGAUUCCGAGCCUUACCGCAAAUGGCUAGCAGCGCGCUUACCUAAGGAGCUCCUCCCGGAAGCCGGCGAAGAUUGUCCCAACAACAAUCUUUCCUUUCCUGCUCUCUGUUCUCCAUCCACCUCAAUUGCUCUCUCCUCCACAGCUAUGCUUUCCAGAUCGUUGUGGGCGCGCCAGGUUGCGCCUCUGAGGCGCCAGGCAGCUUUCGUUGCUCGCCGCUCAGUCACCACUGACGCUGCCUCUGCGCAUGCUGAAAAUAUCCCCCAGGAGGAUGACAAGCCAUUCACAGUCCGACUCUCUGAUGAGAGUUUCGAGACAUACGAGCUCGACCCACCUCCCUACACCCUGGAGACGACCAAGAAGGAGCUGAAGCAGAUGUACUACGACAUGGUUGCGACUAGGCGAAUGGAGAUGGCUGCCGACCGUCUGUACAAGGAAAAGAAGAUUCGUGGUUUCUGCCACUUGUCGACCGGUCAAGAAGCUGUCGCUGUCGGUAUCGAGCACGCCAUUACCCCCCUGGACAAAAUUAUCACUGCCUACCGCUGCCACGGUUACGCUCUGAUGCGUGGUGGCACGGUCAGGUCCAUUAUCGGAGAACUUCUUGGCCGCCGUGAGGGUAUCGCUUAUGGCAAGGGAGGCUCCAUGCACAUGUUCGCCCCCAACUUCUUUGGUGGAAACGGUAUUGUCGGUGCCCAGGUCCCUGUCGGUGCCGGUCUCGCCUUUGCCCAGCAAUACUCCGAAGAGAAGGCCUGCUCUAUCGCUCUCUACGGUGACGGUGCUUCCAACCAGGGUCAGGUUUUCGAAGCCUUCAACAUGGCUAAGCUCUGGAAACUGCCAGUCCUCUUUGGCUGUGAGAACAACAAGUACGGUAUGGGUACCUCAGCCGCCCGUUCCUCCGCUCUCACCGACUACUACAAGCGCGGACAGUACAUCCCCGGUAUCAAGGUCAACGGUAUGGAUGUCCUGGCCAUCAAGGCCGCCGUCCAGUACGGCCGCGAAUACGCCAUUUCUGGCAAGGGUCCUCUUGUCUACGAAUACGUCACCUACCGAUACGGUGGACACUCCAUGUCUGACCCCGGUACCACAUACCGUUCCCGUGAGGAAAUCCAGCGCAUGCGCAGCACCCACGAUGCCAUCGCCGGCCUCAAGCAGAAGCUGCUCGACUGGUCCGUUGUCUCCGAGGAGGAGCUCAAGGCCAUUGACAAGGAGGCUCGCUCGCUUGUCGACGCCGAGGUCGCCAUAGCCGAGAAGAUGGCCGCCCCCGAGCCCGACCGCCGCAUUCUGUACGAGGACAUCUUUGUCCGUGGCAGUGAACCUCUCUGGAUGAGGGGCCGCACUGUCGACGAGACUUUCUACUACUAG